AUGUCUUUAAAAAAUAAUAGUAGUAGUGAUAACAACAAUAAUAAAAGAAAUAAAAAGAAUACUUUAAUAGAAAUAGAAGAUGAUCCAAUCGAGGAUGUAAGCUUUGAUAUUUCGGAAAAAGACGAAAUUCAAGAUGUCGACGAUGACAAUAAUAAUAAUAAUAAUAAUGUAAAGCAGCAACAAACUUUAGAGGAUGAAAUUGAAGAUGUAGAAAUUCUUGUCAGUCAAAUCGAUGAAGAAUUUGUUAAUGAAAAAGAUGUAGAAGAAUACGAAAAGUUGGUAGAAAUAGAAAGUACUAUAAAGAAAACCCAGCACCAUAAAGAUAUAGAAAACCGAGAUGAGGAAAUGGAGGAGACAGAGGAUAACGAAACCAAUACAAACUAUAAACAAGAGAUACUAGAGGAGCAAACGGUCAUAAAAAAAGUGCAGGUAACCAAAAGUUCGAUAAAACAAGAUAACCGUAGUGAGGAUAGCGAGGAUAGUAGUGCCAGUCAAGAUAGUGAGGAUGGCGAAGAUAGUGAAGAUAGUGAUGAUAUUUUUUCAAAAGAAAAUUUAAUUCAAAUAGAAGUAGAAAAAUCAAAUUUAGAUUAUUCAUCAUCAUUGUCAGGAUUUGAAAUUGCUGAACAAUUAUAUGGCAUCACUCCUUCUUUUGGUUCAAACUCUAUUCCAAACAGCAAUAGUAUUAAAAAUAAAGUUUUAAAAAAUGUAUCAAAUGUAGUCUCACCAGGCAAAUCACACAAUACACAAAAUGAAAAAGAUGAGGAGGAGGAUAGUGAAGGCCAAAUAGAAAAUUUUACAGCAUCACCAAAUAUACCGAUUUCAAAUUCAGCAUCAGAAAUACUGCCUUCAACUUUUGAUACAGAAUCGUUAAAAAAUAAAACAGUAACCACAACUACUACAACUACCACAUCCACUUCUACCUCAAAUAUAUUAAAUAAUAAUAAUAAUAAUAAUAAUAACAAUAAUAAUAAUAAUAAUAAUAAUAAUAAUAAUAAUAAUAAUAAUAAUAAUAAUAAUAAUAAUAAUAAUAAUAAUAAUAAUAAUAAAAUUGAUUUUUUCACUCAAAAUUCUAAUCAAGAUGCAGAAAAACUACCUACAAAUAAUAUCCAUAGAAAUGAUCUUUAUGAUCUUAAUGAUAACCAACCAUGGUUCACAGAUGCAAUUUUAUCACAAAAACUACCAGAAUUACCCUUGGUCCAAUUUGUCAGAUACUAUGAUCAAUUUGAUAGAGUUAUUAAUGGUGUUCCACGUAAUAAAUUAACAGGGUUACCAUUUACAUUUUCAGAUGGCAGAAAUAUUAUUGUUGGUAUACUCUCAGAUGAAUUAGCAAAAAAUAUUUUACAAGAAAUCAAUCCAAACCAUCAAUAUGUUAAUAAUUUUCAAGUCUUAUCUGGUAUUACAUUAAGAUUAGAUAACUAUAUAUUUGGUCCCAAUAAGAACUAUACAAGUGUUGAAAUUUUUGUAUUCCAGGCAACUAUAUACAACAAAGGUAGUGAUAUUAUUAACUAUCCAGAAUUAAAAUUGAUCGAAACUAAUAAGCAAGUAUUUGAAAUUAUUAAAAGAAUGAAUAGACUAAACUAUUGGGUAAUUUCAUCGCCACCUUCAUUAGCUGCCAAAUAUAUUCCAAUUAACAACACAAAUAUUCAUCAAUAUCAAAUUGAUGCAGAGGAGUCAAUAAUUUCAGAAGAGCAAAAAGAUAAACUUAGACAAAUUCAUUGGGAAAGACAAGAAAAACCGUACAGAAUAUAUGAAAACAAUGAUAUAUAUAAAACUGAUCAACAGUAUAGACUAAAGCAAAUCCUUUACGAACGUAAAAAAGAAAAAAAAAGAGAAAGAAAUAAUAAUAACGAUAACAAUAGUGGUGACAAUAACAACAAUAAUAACAAUAAUAAUAAUGAAAUAAGAGUUACAAAAUUUUUAGAUUUGCUUAAAUUAAAAGGAUUAAAUGUUAUUGACUUUUUAGGUAUUGACUACCAAACUAUUAAACACUAUUAUAAUAAUCAAAGUGAAAUUCCAAAUAUUGAUAGCCUAAAUGAAGGUGAUGCUGAAAAUGUUAUAGCUUGUUUAAAUGAACUAUUUGAAAAUAAUAAUAAUAAUGGUAAUAAUAGCGAAACUGAAGAGUCUGAAAGUGAAACAUCAAAUAGAAAAACAAAAUAUAAGAGAAAUAUUGAAAUUAAUAAUACUACUAGUGGAUCACAAGAAGACCAAUCAUUUGACCCAAUUGGUUUUGUUUCAAAUCAGCAACAUAGACAAUUAUUAGAAAAUGAGAGAAAAAUAAAAUCAAGAGGUUUUAGUUUUACAGAUGAUGAAAGCGAUAAAUAUGGUGAUAUACUUGCAAAUAAAUCUACCGACAUAUCAUUCAAUAACAACUAUAACCAAAUUCCCUCAACUUUAGAUCAAAAAAUAUCUUCUUACAACAGUCAAAACCAUAGCAGUAAUGAUAACGAGGAAAGAGAGGGUAUGGGAUUUGUUGACAGCGACGAUGAAAAAGAAUUAAAAUCACAAAAUAGUCAAAAUAAAAACAAUAAUAGUAGUGGUAAUAAUGUCAAUAUGAAUAAUAUAGAUAAUAUGAAUAAUACAAUUGAUGAUAUAAUAAAUAAUAGGGUAAAUAAAGAAGACUCAGACAAUGAAUUUAGCAGUAAGGAUGCAUGGAUUGAAAGAAACAAAUCAUCAAAUAAUUCAAAAGGUAAUUUCUAUUCACAUCAAAAAAGAAAGGAAAUGAUACAAGAUGAAAAAAAGAGGGAAAAGGAAAGAAAAGAAAAAGAAGAAAAUGAUGAAAGAGAAAGAGAAAGAGAAAGAGAAAGAGAAAGAGAAAGAGAAAGAGAAAGAAAAAGAAAAAGAGAAAGAGAAAGAGAAAAAGAAAAGCAAAACGAAAAAGAAAAAGAAAAAGAAGAAGAAGAAAAACAAGAGGUAAAAUACUAUAGUUUAGGCGAAAUUCUUAAAUCAAUGGAUGAACAGGAGGAAGAAAGAGAAAGAGAAAGGGAAAGAGAAAGAAAAAGAAAAAGACAAAGGGAAAGAGAAAGAAAAAGAGAAGAAUCUGGGCCUCAAAAUAAUGAAAUUAAUAUGAGUUAUACCAGCGAUAUUGUGUCACAAUCACCAGUUCGUUUAUCAGAAGAAGAGAUUAUUAGAAAAGCAAGGGGCUGGAGAUCUACCAAAAGCGAAAAGAGCGAAAGACUUAGAAACUUUAUUAAAAAAAGAGAAGAAGAAAACAAAAAUAAAUAA